AACGUGCACACAAACAUGGCCGGGGUGACUGUGACAGGUGGUUUGACGAGACUUUUUCGUUUUUUCUUUCAGGUGACGAGGAAGUGGAGUACUGGACGAGAAUGUUCAAGGACAUCGCGGAGAAAAACAGCAAAAACAGACGUGGGGGUCGUAGCGGAGGUCGUGGUGGGCGUGGCGGGUACUCGAGGGGCGGACGUCGCAAUAGGGGAGGACCUCAGGGCAAGAAAAGGAAAGAAGACCGUGACAGCGGUGGUGAGGAUGAUGGUGAUGAACCAGUACAGAAGGCAGCGAAGGUUGAGGGUUCGGACUGAGAGUGAGCGCGUGUCACGGAAAUCGUCGUGUGUGGUGGGAUGUCGAGUGAUGAGGAAAUGCUUGAGAUGCAUGAAGAGAAAGAAUGAUGGUCGGGUCAGGUGUAGCAACUCUUUGGGGAGUUGAUCAAUCACGUGUUGACCUGUCUGUUUGGGACUCCAUUACAGUGAAACUUGUAGAACUCAGUGUGUGUCUGUAGCAAAGCUUUUUUAAACAAACUGUUGAAACUCCAAGAGGGCCACCCAUUCGCGACCUCAGUGCUUUCUUGCGGCAUCUCCAUUUUUACCUUCUCGGGAGUAUGGGCUACCACAUAGGUAGGCUUUAGUGCUUUUACAGGUGUCCAGAUUGGGUUGCCAUCAACUGGGGAGAAAUGGCAGGUAGUAAAAAUGUUUUAUUUCUCUUCUUGAUAACUUACUUUUGUAGUUUAAGGAAGCUGCCAAUAGUUAAAUGGUCCUUGCUGCAUGUUUCUGAGAGGUGGGAAAUCUGUUUUGCGACAAAAUUAUCUUUCUACAAGUUUUCGUGUAAUGGCUUCCUGUGAGAGAUCAUGCUGCCGGAGACUAAAUGUGUUUGAGAACUGCCUGCUUUUAUCGCAACGAGGAACAGCAUCUAGUUUCACAUUUGUUUGCUGUCUGGUAGAAAAUUUGUCCUGUUUAAAAAAAACAAUUUGAAAAUUUUUUGACUGAUUGGCAGUUGUUCUCAGCAGAUGUGAAGAUCAGGCUGUUUGUAUAUGUGAGGCAGGGUGGUGAGAUCAGGCUCUCGUCAAAAUAGUGAAAGUAAAAAAAAACUGGCAUUUUUCCGCUGGGUUGGGAA